AUGAAAAUCAGUAUUAUUGGUGCUGGAUAUGCAGGUUUAUCAUCUGCAUUACUUCUUUCUCGUCAUCACGUAAAUCGAAUCACAGUCUACGAUCGUUUCGAUCGUGUUCAAACUAUAGGCGCUGGUAUUCUCAUUCAACCGUCCGCAAUCGAAAUAUUAAAAAGAUUAGGUUUAUAUGAGCAGCUGAUAGAUCGCGGUGAAAAAGUUUAUCAUCUCGAGGGAAUUAAUCAUCGUCGUCGACAAGUUUUUUUAACAUCAUAUGAUGAUUAUUCACCUAAUUCUUUUGGUAUCGGUAUCCAUCGUUCUCUACUCUUUCAAUCCUUGUAUGAUAAAUGUAAAAUUCAAUCAAAUAUUACAUUUGAAUUGUCAAGAGAAAUCACAUCUCUAGCUGAUCUACAAUUAACCAAUGAUCUUGUCAUUAUCGCUAGCGGUUCACAUUCAAAACUUCGAGAUCAAGUACCUAUCAAACAGACAUAUCAACCAUAUCCGUAUGGCUGUUUGUGGACAACAAUUGAAGAUAAUGAAAUCUCACGUCACCGACUAUGUCAAUAUCUACGGUAUUCACAGGAAAUGUUUGGGAUUCUUCCAUCCGGUCUUAAUCAUAAUUCGAAACGGAUUGUCAGUGUCUUCUGGAGUUUGCCUACUCGAUUGAAAGCAACGUAUUCUUUGGAAAAUGUUCUCGAAAGAAUGAAAUACUAUUUGGAUGAUACACAUUCCGAUUUUUUUGAAAAACUCAAACGAGCAAAUUAUUCAUUCGCGGUUUACGGCGAUGUUUACAUGCAACGAUACGAUCAUGAAAAUUUAGUUUUUAUUGGAGAUGCUGCACAUGCAAUGAGUCCACAAUUAGGACAAGGUGCCAACAUGGCGUUAAUUGAUAGUUACUUUUUAGAUAAGUCUCUCCGAGAACAUAAUGACGACUCAAGCAAGUAA